AUGGAGCUGGUAGAAGAGGUGAGGUCCUUGCAGACUGGAGCUCGCAACCUGGCCAGAGGCCGCCCAGCCUGUCAGUCCUCUAUCUACUCACAUCCAAUUAUUCCAUCAGCAAGCAAAGCCACAGACGGGAAUUGUGACGGGGACUUCUUCCAUGGUUCCUGCACCCACACCAGCACUGAAAAAGAACCAUGGUGGCAUGUGGACCUGGGGGAGCAGUUUGCCAUCUCCACUGUGGUGGUGAAGAACCGUGAGGACUGCUGCAGUGAGAGACUCCUGGGAGCUGAGAUCCACGUGGGAGACUCCGUGGCUGACCAUGGAAAGUCCAACCCCCUAUGUGACGGACCUCCCUUUUCUCUUUGCAGCUGUGGGAACAUCACCGACACCAGGCGUGGCUCCUUCAGUAGCCUCAACUGCCACUGGCUCAAGGGCCGCUAUGUCAGUGUGAACCUCCCGGGACAUGCAUCCACCCUGACGCUGUGUGAGGUGGAGGUCUAUGGGACAAAGCUGGGUCUUACCAGCACCUUGAAAUUCAGGCUUGCAGCUCUGGGCCUCUCCAUGCGCUGCCAGGAGCGCCGGGGCCAGCAGCCAAGUCCAGGUGCCAACACCAGUGGGUCCAGCUACACAACCCACAUCUGGAUGCUCCUGACCUGGAUUUCGAUGCUGACCCUGGCGCUCCUUGCAGGGCGUGGGGAGGCCCAGAGCUGCAAGCCUGAGCUGCGAGGCAUUGCUCACAACUUGGCCAAAGGCCGCCCAGCCUUCCAGUCCUCCAUCUACCGACAUGAGAUUUUUACUGGAGGAAUCAAAGCUGUGGACGGGAAUUGUGACGGGCUCUUCAACUCGGGCUCCUGCACCCACACUAAUCAAGACCAGGACCCCUGGUGGUACGUGGACCUGGGCGACCAGUAUGCCAUCUCGGCCGUGGUGGUGAAAAACCGUCAGGGCUGCUGCAGUGAGAGACUCCUGGGAGCUGAGAUCCGUAUAGGAGACUCUGUGUCUGACCAUGGCAAGUCCAACAGCCUCUGUGGGACCGUCACAGACACCAGCCUUGGCUCUGUCAGCACCUUGUACUGCAAUUGGCUCAAGGGCCGCUAUGUGAGCGUCAACAUCCAAGGACGGGCCGAAUACUUGACCUUGUGCGAGGUGGAGGUCUAUGGCACCAAGCUGGACGACCAGUGCCAUGGGAUGCUCAUCACCUGGACUUGGUCCCUGGCCCUGGCGCUCCUGGCAGCACGUGGGGACGCCCGGAGCUGCAUGUCUGAAUGGCAAAGUGCUCACAACUUGGCCAAAGGCCGCCCAGCCUUCCAGUCCUCCAUCUACCGACAUGAGAUUUUUACAGGAGGAAUCAAAGCCGUGGACGGGAAUUGUAACGCGGCCUUCAGCUCGGGCUCCUGCACCCACACGCAGAAGGAAAAGGACCCCUGGUGGUACGUGGACCUGGGCGACGAGUAUGCCAUCUCCACCGUGCUGGUGAAAAACCGCCAGGACUGCUGCGGCAACAGACUCCAGGGAGCUGAGAUCCGUGUAGGCAACGCUAUGGCUCACCGUAGCAAGUCCAACAGCCUCUGUGGGACCAUCACAGACAACAGGAGUGGAUCCAUCAGUGUCUUCAACUGUGAUUGGCUCAAGGGCCGCUAUGUGAGUGUCCAGAUCCCUGACCACGAAGAGUACUUGACCUUGUGUGAGGUGGAGGUGUAUGGCAUCAAGGCAGAAGACCAGUGCUAG